GUCCACACAUCCUUGCUUACACUCUAGAAUAUUUUAGUUUAGACUUCACUCCUUUGAGGAGGCACAGAGCCUACAUCAUGAGUGCGAUGAACGCAACAUCAGAAGAUUUCAAUGUAACCCCGAGGUCUCCAUUAGACGCGGCCCGCGACGUGUACCGCCUUGCGGUUCCCGUCAUGCUAGUGGCCUGUUUAAUGUCCAUGGUCUUCAACGUUGUUAUAGUCGAGUCGGUUCACUGGCUGCGUCGCAGCCCUAGCCCGACGCUUUGCUUCAGCCUCAGUUUGUCGGCGGCGAACGCUUACGCGUCCCUGGUGCUUGGCGUCGGACUCGUAGUAAACAGCCUACUUCCGACCUUGUACCACAUCCAGCCUCCGGCCUGCUGGGCGCUGUCCCUGGAAGCAUUCCGGUUAACGGGUCUCAUCGCUUCAGUAUUUCACCUGCUGGCCCUCGCCGUGAACCAUUACAUUGGCAUCUUGCGGCCUCUUCACUACGCUGCAACUGUCACUCGACGCACUGUAUGGCUCACAACAGCAGCAAUGUGGCUUGUGCCUCUCUUUUUCUUCCUCUUGUACUUCACAAGCGUACCGGGGCAGGGAUUUCAGGUGGCAAACUGCCGCUACGACUUCAUACUCUGGAGCCCCUUCCGCGUUACACUUUCCGGACUUUUCUUCAUUCCCCUGGUACUCAUGUGUUUCAUAUACACACACAUUUUCGUGCUGGUUAGACGCCACCAAAUGGGAACGGGCCUAUCCGCGCAAAUUCCGGGACAGCUUCGCAGGAGCGUAAAGGCCGUCUACACCACGCUGCUGAUACUCGGCACUUACCUCAUAGGAUGGAUGCCAGCCGUACUCUUUUACGUACUUACAUGCCUCGAUUGUCCCUUGCCGAUUACAUCGUUGUCCUUCGACCUGCGCCUCACCUUCGGCAUACUCACCAACACACUGGUGUUGAUCAAGUCUUUUGUCGAUCCAGUCAUCUACGUAGUGCGGAUGCGUGAAAUUCAAGAAGCCUUCGUACUCAUGUGGAAGUCUCGCUGUGGCCUAGUGGAUGUGGCCCGAUCUUCGGUAGACCUCAUGCGGAUGGCCCACUCCCGCAGUGACACGCAACGCAUGACGACCAAUGGGUCGCAGCACAAACAACGCUGCAUCGCCCAGUUCAGCUAG